AUGGCCCACCAGCGCAUCUUCGAUGACACUACGGGUCGCCGCGAGGGUAAAACCAGUGUCUGGAAGGGACUGCGCGAGGCAUGCACUGACUGGAGAACCUGGGUCUUUUGCCUUAUGGAUAACUUGCAUCUUUCAGCCAACGGCUUCAAGAACUUCCUGCCGAGUGUAGUCAAAACUCUGAACUACAGCACCACGAUUACGUUGGUUCUGACCUGCCCUCCGUACAUCUUAGCAGGCAUCAUGAGCAUUGUCGUCUCACACUCCUCUGGGCGUUUCAACGAACGUACGUGGCACACGACCGUCAGCAAGCUCAUUGCUUGCGCUGGCUUUGCAAUGGCUGUGGCAACCCUCAAUACCACAGUCAGAUAUGUUGGAAUCAUGAUUUUUGUGGGAGCCACAUACGGUGUGAACAACAUUAUUACUGAUGAGAAGAAGGCAGUUGCUAUCGCUAUGGCCAACACGUUCGGUAACCUUGCCAGCGUCUACACUCCGUACCUAUGGCCUGACUCUGAUGAGCCAAGGUAUCUGAAGGCUAUGCUUGCCAGUAUAUGCUUCUCGAUUGGCGUGGUUGUCUGCGCCUGGGUUAUGAGAUUUGCGUUGCAGAGACAGAACCGGAAGAUUCUAGCAACAAACCCGGAUGCUCUUAAUCUGUAUGUGUACUAA